GAGAAGGGUCAGGCGCGCAGGGCGUCCGCGCAGCUCGGCUCCGGGAAGGGCGCGGAGCCUCUGCCUCCGGGAUGCGGCCUCCCGCGCUGCUGGCGCUGUUCAGCUGCUCCGCGGCUUUUGCUUUGAUGUCUGAAGAGAUAAAAGAAAAGGUCACGCCUUCUCAGGAUUUGAGGCAACCAGGGAGUCAUGACAUAGACUUAAAAGAAAUCGUGUUUGUCAUCCAGAGUCAAAGUAAUUCCUUUCAUGCCAAGAGAGCAGAACAGUUGAAAAGAAGCAUCUUAAAGCAGGCUGCAAAUCUGACACAGGAUCUCCCUAGAGUCCUCCUUCUCCAUCAGUUGGCAAAGCAGGAAGGUGCUUGGACCAUCCUUCCCUUGUUACCGCACUUUUCUGUAACAUACAGCAAGAAUUCAGCAUGGAUUUUCUUCUGUGAAGAAGAGACGAGAAUACAAGUCCCCGGACUCCUAGAGACACUCAGACGAUAUGACCCAUCUAAGGAAUGGUUUUUAGGAAAAGCACUGUAUGACGAAGAAUCGACGAUCAUCCACCAUUACGCCUUCUCUGAGAACCCAACAGUCUUUAAAUAUCCUGACUUUGCUGCUGGCUGGGCCCUUAGCAUCCCGCUGGUGAACAAGCUUGCCAAAAGAUUAAAGAGUGAGGCGCUGAAGUCCGACUUCACAAUUGAUUUAAAGCACGAGAUUGCCCUCUACAUCUGGGACAAAGGUGGAGGACCGGCCCUCACCCCUGUGCCUGAGUUUUGUACGGAAGAUGUGGACCCCCGCUGCGUCACCACGUUCCAUUCUUUCCUACCGCUCUGUGGAAUACCGGUAAAGAAGGAGGAGAUUUUUGUUGCAGUAAAAACGUGCAAGAAAUUUCAUGCUGACAGAAUACCCAUCGUAAAGCAGACAUGGGCGGCACAGGCCAGCCUUAUCGAAUACUACAGUGACUAUGCAGAAACCGCCAUCCCCACCGUGGAUUUGGGAAUUCCCAAUACAGACAGGGGUCAUUGUGGAAAAACCUUUGCCAUUUUGGAAAAAUUUUUGAAUCACAGUCACGACAAAAUCUCAUGGUUAGUCAUUGUGGACGAUGACACAUUAAUCAGCAUCUCCAGGCUCCGACACCUGCUUAGCUGCUAUGACUCCAGUGACCCUGUGUUUCUGGGAGAGCGCUAUGGCUACGGCCUAGGCACAGGCGGCUACAGCUAUGUCACAGGAGGAGGAGGGAUGGUCUUUAGCAGGGAAGCCAUCCGGAGACUUCUCGUGAGCAGCUGCCGAUGCUACAGCAAUGACGCUCCGGACGACAUGGUUCUGGGCAUGUGCUUCAGUGGGCUGGGGGUCCCCGUGACACACAGCCCCCUCUUCCAUCAGGCUCGGCCAGUAGAUUACCCCAAGGACUACCUCGCCCAUCAGAUUCCAGUAUCAUUUCACAAACACUGGCACAUUGACCCGGUAAAGGUGUACCUCACGUGGCUGGCACCCAGUGAGGAAGACCAAGCCACGCAGGAGACACAGAAGGACCCAAGAGAAGAAUUAUAGAACAGAGUCUGGGACACACGGAUACAAGAGAUUCACCCUAUCUGUUGAGCUGUGGUCCAGCUGCUCGUGUAUGCCGUGUGAAAUGGACAAUUCCCAGUCCUUACGGAAAUAGGAUAUUUUCUGGAUGGGUAGACUCAUAAGGGAAACUGGGAAAAAUCGCUUGUUUUCAUAGAUGUCGUAAUUGUAACACGGCAGUUAUUGUGCCUAUUUUAGCCCACCAUGGGCUGUAAAGUAAGAGCUUUUUGACUGUCAGAGGAAAUAAAUGGUACCUAAAGUCCUUUUCUGUUUUCUCCAUUGUAACAGGGACGCCAAUACAAGAAUGACUGGCUAUCACCCCACAUAAACAUUGAAUCUUUUAACUUGGAUAUUGCCAAAGGAAUGAACCUUUAAACCAAUGGUUCUCAACCUGUGGGUCGAGACCCCCUAGGAGUGGCAGUUGGUCAUAUGCCAGGAAUCCUACAUAUUAGGUACUUACAUUGCAGUUCGUAACUGCAGAAAAAUUAUAGUUAUGAAGUAGCAGGGAAAUCGUUUUAUGGUUGUAGGUCGCCUCAGCAUGAAGGAACUGUAUUGAAGGAUCGCUGCCUUAGGAAGGUUGAGAACCACGGCUUUAAAUGGCUCUAUUGUUGAUGGAAAUUGGUUCCCAGGCACUCAGUAGGAAUGAAGUACCGAAGCUGAUUGGUAAAACCUAAACUCAAUAUGAAUAGCCCCAACUAUACAAUCACAGUUGCUCUUUUCCCCUAUUCUGCUGGUUGCACCCCCAAAACAGACUCAAGGCCAUCUGGUGAAGCCUCUGCUCCCUGCCAGCCUCCCCAAAGCCCACACCCCCCAAUAGAUUGGACAGAGUGUCACCAGAAAUUAGGAUGCUGGGUUGACAUGUCUCUUCUGUGUCCGCAAUGAGCAUGGGGGUCUGGUAAUGUGAGCUGCAUCUGGAGCUGGCCUAUUACUCCUGCUGCUCGCUGGGUGUUACAUAGUAACUCGCUUCUGGCUCAGGCUAGACCGUGGCUCAGGCUAGACUGCCUCCGUCCUGGCAGCCCCUCGUGAGAGGACAGCAUGGGGAUCAGCAAUUUCUCUGGUUUUUCUAAAGAAUGAAAUCUGAACAACGUGCUAAAGCAACCCUCGUUUUCCAGUGACACCUUUUAUUAUGUCCUAAUUUAACAACUCAUCGUUAAUAUAUAUAUAAAAAAAAGAGUACUGUGUGUUAAUGUUUAAAGUAAGAUGAUGAUUUUGUUAUAUAAGGGUCUUUGCACAUGAUUUGAUCUCAAGCUCCUAAGGUUGUAUGUUAGAAUCCUUUCCUUUUUUUCAUUCUGUACUUCAUUAACCUUACUUAUAAGGCUCCUAAGCCCUUACAGCCUUUAAAGCCACUCCAUCAGCAGUACCUAUGUGAUUAUUUUUUAAUGAUGUAUAUUCCUAUGUAGCUUACGUCUGACUCAUGUCCAAAUUCAUGUAGUAGUGUUUAUCAUCCUUUUCCCAAAUUAAUAAGCACCAGGAUUGGUGUGUGGCCCGCUACUUCUGGUCUCUGGUGGAACACAGUCUGUGAAAACUGAUUCUGCGGUUCAGCUAGAAACUGGACUGAGGACAGUCAAGUGCAUGAAAGGGACCAUAAUGGCUUCUGGGUGUCCUGCUGAUGGCUCUAGCAUCAUUGCUGACUCGGCAAUGAUGAAUGCCCCAUUGUGACCAUUGCUAUCAUGGUACUUACCUUUUUGACCUUGCAGGGAUACCCCUGGGAGACCUGGUUGCUACACCAGUGCCGCACAGGGAAUUCCUCAGUCCACCCCUCCCGCCUCUGCUCCUGAAGUGUUACCAGCCAGAGAACAGAGGAAGUUUCAUUUGGUAGGACAAAAGCUAGCGCGUCUGUGAGGAAUGAAGAACUGUUCAAUCUUUUUUCUCUGUUAUGACCUGUGCCCUCUUUUCCCCUCCCCCUCCCUCCAGGAUCCCACUGGUGUUUCUAGAUAUGUGGUUAAAUAUGUUUCCCUUUUGGAGCUACAGAAGUCUCACCAUGAAUACAAUGUCUCCAGCUUACUUCUUUUGUCUAUCGGUUGAUGCUAGAUGUGGGGUGGGUAGGAGCAUGCCGGACAGGCACUGAGAAAUUGGGAACCCUGGCAGAUUACUAAGUCAAUGCAAACUAAACAUCUUAGGAAAAAGCAAAGAAAAAAAUUGAAAAAAUAGUUUAAAAAGGACCACGUGUUAUGUUUUAUAUAUAGCAAAUGACAGGCUCUAUUUGAACACCAACUGAGAUUUGAUAUCUUAAAAAAAACAAAAAAUUUAAUUUUGAGCCUGGAUUCUUUAGGGCACAUACCUCCCUCUUCGGUAUUCUUUUUCCUUUUAAGUAAGGAUUUCUUUGCCAGUGGAUAUUUUUAUCCUAAGGAUUUAGCACCAAGGAUUUAUGUAUAGAAUUACCUUAUAGGUCAUUUUUACUUUUAAGCCAUUUCUCAUGACCCAGCACAUCGCCUGCCUGUAGGAUUUUUACAUCUUACAGCUAAAUCAGAAGUCGGGACACAAAAUAACCUUUGUCGAAUGCUUGGGACCGUAAUCGCUCAGCAGCCAGAGUUACAAACAAUGCUAUGUGGGGCCCUGUUAGAUGCCAGCGUUCGCUGCGUGUCCUGAUUGAUCGACGACAUUUAGUACAUUGCAUCUAUCAUGGUUAUUGAUGGGUAAAGAGAACCUCAGAGAUUCACCACACAGUAGACAUUUGUAAGAAUAUUUGUGGUGCCUCCCGUCCCUUCGCAGAUGUGUCAUUUUUGUGGAAGAAAAAAAAGCAAUCAAUGUACCAUUAAGUACACUAUAGCAGACUUACAAAGGGGCUUUGUUCCUGCUGUCUUUGAAUGACAGGCCUGAAAAGGUGCUAUUUAAAUUGUUUAUGUCCUCAAGCCCUCUAAACAAGUCACCUGCAAAAUGUGUUCUCUUCCUUUCUAUAGAAUAAAAUAAAGGUUUUGUU